AUGAUAGAUCUAGACUCUCGAGCUCGCAGUCCUGAAAACAGCGCUCUAGAUUUGGUGACUAUGGAUGAUGAGCACGGAGAUGUGGGUCCUGUGACUAAGCCCACCGUGACCAUAAAUGUGCCAAAUGAAAUCCUAAUGGAAAGUUUUGCACGUGAUAGUCAAAUUGACGAGUCUUAUAACGAGGGAGAUGGAGAUGGAGAUGGAGAUGGAGGGGAGAUAAUGGUUGAAGUUGUGAGGUCUGAUGUGUUUGUUGAUGGAGUCAGUGAUCUUAAAGAGGGUGAUUUGGGGUCAGGAGAAGUUGGAGAGUUGAGUGGUCAUACACCGGAUAACAGAAAUGAAGCUGUGACACAAGAUUUUCGAGAGGUUACAAAUGCUUCAACUGAAGGGGCUGAAAAUAAGGUCGAGGAAAUUGAGAGGGAAGAGACAGCACUGAGUGGACCUUGGCACAUUGCAGAAAAAGUAGAGUUUAAGGUUGGCGAGUCUGUUGAUGGUGGGACCCGUGCAGUUUCUGGAUUGGGAUCACCAGGAGAUCACGAGGCCUUGAGUCCUGUGAAUGAAGUUGUUAUGGAGAAAGCUGCUGUUAUGGCUAGAGAAGAAAGGGUUAGUAAAGAUGAAGAUAGUACAAAUAACGUAACUCCAGAAAUUUUGGACCGUCCUGCAGAAGUUGCUGUUGUGGAGGAAGAUGUCAUGGUACACCAAGAAGAGACGUUGCACUUAACUUAUAAUGUUGCAAGUGAUGAUGCAUUGGUUAUGGAUUCUGUACCCUUACACGAGACGACUGAUGCAGCUGCUGAUAGUGAAGUUGCACCUAUUGAAGCUUCCCUGAACACAAAUUGUGAAUUUCCCAAUAUAGUUCGAUUUGAUGGGAUCAAUAAGAAUGUUGGAGAAAUUGGUUUAGCUCAUACUGCUUCAGAGCCCCUUGUCGAAAAUACCCAAAUGGAAUUGAGUUGCAAUAUUUUAGCUUCAGAUCAUGGAACAAAAGUUUCAGGUGAAGAUAUUUUAUCCACAGGCACAUUUGUGGUUGGUGCUGUUAUUGACAGAUUAAAUGAGGACUCGAUUCUUAAACCGGAUGUAUUAGUCUCUGAUUCUAAGGAUGAGAAUCUGGGUUUGAAAGAUUUUGAUAGCAUGAACUCCGGGACAGCACGUGGAAAUAACAGCGUUCCUUAUGCUGAUUCAGAUUCUAUUCACAAACAAUCUUUUGUUAGUGAAAGAGAGGAAGUUACGACUAUGGAAGUUGAUGGGGUGCAGGGUGUCAAAGAUGAAGGAAUAAGUAUUGACUUGCCAUGCCCUUGCAAUGACAAGAUCUUGAAGAGUGAUGGAAACUUUGAAAACGACAUGGAACACAGAAACAAAGUGUCUUGCAAUGAACUAACAGAAUCAGCUGAUGGAGGUAAUAAUACUGUGAUAAAUGAAGACGAGCUCCUCGAGGUUAAAGGUCUAGCAGAUACGAAAAAUAAUCAGGAUAUCUCGACGGGAUUAAAGCUAAAUGUCUCAAAUACAACAAAACUGACUCUUCCAAGAGAUGAAGAUAUAGUACAAGCUGAUUCAGGAAUGUAUACAGACCAGCAUCUGGUUGCCACAGCAGAGGUUGGAGUGAUAAAUGACCUAAAAGUUGCAAACUCUGACGAAGAAGUUUUGAACAGAGAUGCAUUUCUCCAAAACGAUGAGAAGGAGAUCUUUACUGAAGUUCCAUUACAAUCUCUACACGAGCGUCCGGGUACUGUUAAAAUUCUCACAUCUGGUACUCCUGCCGAGAAUACGUAUCUUUACACUAAAGGCAAAGAGUCAAAGAUAGAGACAACUCCUGUGCAAAUGGCAGAUGAUGAUGUUAUGGUGAUUGAUUCUGCUUUUGGUGCUGAAGUUGGGAUUGGCAACUUUGUUGAAGAGAAUAGAUCUAAUCAAGAUGGGAAACAAGAGGAUACUGUCCAAAUAACUGAACAGAUAACCCAUGGGCUUGAUAAGGAUGAGAUCAAGAAUCCUGUAGUCAAUAAUGCUAUAUCAAAUGAAGGGACUAGCAUAGAGGUUGUUUCUGAUGAUGCCGUUAUGACUGGAUUAGAAGUUGCAGUUGGUCCCUCUUCUUUAUAUGGCCAGAGUAAAUCCGGCUGCCUCUUUCCGGAGGCAAAUGAACUGUUGGAGAUGCCCAUAGCCACUGAUGACAUUUAUCUGGUGGAUGGAAAUCACACUGAGGCGAAUUACGUAUCCAAUGUGGUUUCUACUGAAGGGGUUAAGCAGGCUAUUGAAGCAGAAGAUGGAUCUGGAAUGAUAAGAGGCAAUGACAGUGUGCUGGGUCAUGCUUCUGAACCAAAAUUUAUGGAUGAGCAGCAGGAAAGAGAAGACGAUGACAAAUAUCAUCAAGUGGAGGACGAUGAUAGUAAGGAGCCAAUAAUAGGAAUUGAAGAACAUUCUUCUGAGACUGAUCAAUCAAAAAUAUCAAAUGACGAACCGUUGUCAUCUGUAAGCUCGAAACGAUCUCGUUAUCUAUGGCUUCCAGAAAAUGAAGGACAGCUUUCUGUAUAUGAUCUAGUCUGGGGUAAAGUCAAAAGCCAUCCCUGGUGGCCUGGACAGAUUUUUGAUCUUGUAGAUGCUUCAGAGAAGGCAAUGAAAUAUUACAAGAAAGACUGCUUUUUGGUAGCUUAUUUUGGAGAUCGAACCUUUGCAUGGAAUGAUGUAUCCGUAUUGAAGCCUUUUAGGUCACAUUUUUCCCAGAUUGAGAAGCAGAGCAAUUCAGAAGCUUUUCAAAAUGCAGUUGAGUGUGCCUUGGAAGAGGUUUCUAGACGGGUAGAGUUGGGUUUGGCCUGUCCUUGCAUACCUCAAGAAGCUCUUGAUAAGAUUGGUAUCCAGACUGUAGAGAAUACUGGUAUACGUGAAGAAUCGAGUAGAAGAUAUGGUGUGGAUCGAUCUACAAAAGCAACUUCCUUUGAGCCCACCAAACUUUUGGACUAUGUGAGGGAAUUGGCACCGUCAGCAUCUCAUGGGGCAGUUCGACUGGAUCUUGUGAUUGCCCGAUCUCAGUUGUUGGCAUAUAGUCGUUUUAAGGGUCUGCGUACACAGAUUGAAUUUUUCUUCUCUGGAGAAUUGUUAGAAAAUGACGUGCUCACACAAUCGAGUGAUGCAUUGGAUGAUUCCUUGGGCAAGGCUGCUUCUCAUAAACGGAAAGACACUCCGAUAGAUAGCUUGCAACCAAGGAAGAAGGAGAGAAGCUUCAAAGAAAUAAUGGGUUACAUGGAUUAUUCACCAGAUGGUGAUGGUGAGUCGGAUGUGAAAGAUUCAAGCAAGUCAGUUUCCUCGUCUUCUGGCAGGAAACGGAAAACACCCGAUUCUCUUGCUGAUGGAUCAGAUCCUGGUGUAAUAGUUCAUGCUGCAAAAGUAUAUACUACUAUAUCUCCAACACCUAAGCCUUCAUUUAAAAUUGGUGAAUGCAUGCGUAGAGUAGCAAGCCAAUUGAAUGCGCCCACAUUGUCAAGUUCAAAAGGCAACAUUGAUCAAACAAGAAUCGAUGGUGGCCCACAGAUCAACGAACACCAUGAAGAGGGAAGUAUGGUUGUUCCUGCGGAACUUUUUUCUCUAGACGAGAUGCUAUCACAACUUAAACUGGCGGCUCAGGAUCCCAAGAAAGGUCAUAGCCAUUUAAGAUCAAACAUUACUUUCUUUACUGGUUUUAGAAGUUCAAUUGCUUUGAAUCGGCGAGGUAGAAAGAAAAAGGCUUCUGCUGCAGCUGACGGGACUGGAGAAUUUGAAUUUGAUGAUGCGAAUGACUCUUAUUGGACAGACAGGAUUGUCCAAAACUAUUCUGGGGAGCAACUUUUGCAGGCUAGGGAGAAUGGGGGAGGACAGUAUCCGCCAGUGCAAUAUGAUCUUGAAAAAUAUCAGAACUCGGGUCGCAGAUUGCACUCUCGAAAGCGAUAUUCCAGUCGGAACCAUGUAAAUGCACCAGAGGAAUCAAACGAGUAUGUUAAUAAGAGGAAGCAAGAGUCUUUGCCCGCGGAACUUGUACUAAACUUUGCAGAGAGAGAUUCUCUUCCAUCAGAAAUCAAUCUGACAAGAAUCUUCAAGCGUUUUGGGCCAUUGAUGGAAUCAAAGACUGAAGUUGAUCGUGAUUCUGGAUGUGCUAAAGUUAUCUUUAAGAGGGGUUCUGAUGCAGAAGUCGCGUUCAGUAGCGCCAAGAAGUUCAACAUUUUCGGUCCUGUCAGGAGGAUGCAACUUGACACUGUAACUCGGAAAUCUGUUGAGAAUAUGGGAAAUACAAUCUAG